GCGACCGUCCUGGGAUGGAGGUCCUUGCUCAGUUGCUGUGGGAUGCGUCCUACACGCAACUCGAGUUAAGUGCACCGACAUCUCCAGCUCCACCUCCUGCUCCUGUGACGCCUCCUUCCCCCGUGGUGAGACGUUCCCCCCCCAGGCUGGUUGUGGUCGGCAAGGUUCCAGCUCCACCUCCUGCUCCUGUGACGCCUCCUUCCCCCGUGGUGAGACGUUCCCCCCCCAGGCUGGUUGUGGUCGGCGAGGUUCCAGCUCCGCGUCCUUCGGACCCUUUCGCUUGGACUGUUGUCCGUGGUGGCCAGAGGACGUCGCGCCAGGUCCAGAGGGUGAUGGCUCUCCACACAUCACUGGGAGGAUGGUUGACCAACAGUGAAGGAAUGAAAACAUUUUAA